CUCGUUGUUGUGUUUUGGUUCUCUUUUCCUUCUUCCGUGUUGCUUCAUCAUCUCCGUCGUCACGUAUACGAGGGAAAAGGCCGCAAAAAUUAUAGACGACGAUAUUUCUGCCACCGCCUUUCAGCCUGUACGGGCCCUUGCAGUCGUCCAGUCGGAAACUUUUUCUCGGGACGAGUAAUAGGAUACCUAUCCACAUCGGGGACGAUUGCGCAAUUCUCCCUCCCCAAGUCCACUCGAACGCCGACGAGACGAGAGGCGAAUCAAAUCUCCCAAAGGCCUCGAGAGCCAGGAAAGAAAGCGUUGCUCACCGCCCGAGAAGAGAGAAAGGAUGCCGUCCCAGCAACAGCAGCAACCAGCGCAGAGGAGAAGGGGAAACAGAGUGCCGGCAUGGGGCCACCUGGGACUGUCGUUGGCUGUGUGCCUAGUGGGCUUUGUGCUGUACCUAGUGCCCCGAGAGCGACUAUUGGGACUGCCGGGGCUGCUGGGGCUGCAGCUGGAGCCCAUAGCCACGUCCAGGGACAUGAUUUCCAGGCCAAACUCUGCCGAUGCCGGUCAAGGUGGGUUGGUCCCUUGGCUUAACCUCUGGCUUGUGGGUGGAUUCCGUUUGGUGUGAUAACGACAUCGCCCUGCUGGAUUUUUUUUCUCCUCACCGUUUCUCCGUCUCAGGCUCGCCGGAAACGCAUCCAUCCCCCACUCCCAAGUUUUUCCCUUUUGCCUAUGAUUUAAUACUAGUCCUCCCUUCUACCAUUCCCUCGAUCUCAUCUCCUUAACCGACACUCUCACACUCUCUCCCUCGACCGGGCUACCCUUCCUCUUUGCUCCCCCAAGCACAUAUCCUCCCAAAAGCCAAAGGAAAAGGACUCGGCGUGCCGUCCUUUACUUAUCCUCCCUCCGCAUUCUUUCGAGACAAUCUGUCACUACACCCGCACACAAACGCACUCUCUUUCUCUGACCUUUGCCUAACCCCCGCUCUCUCCAGUCACGACGACUACCGCCACAAUGACCGGUCUUGCCAACGGAGUGUCCAAGGGCGACACCUUCCUCUUCACCUCCGAGUCUGUCGGUGAGGGUCAUCCUGACAAGAUUGCCGACCAAGUUUCAGAUGCGAUCCUCGAUGCCUGCCUCGCAGUCGACCCUCUGUCGAAGGUGGCUUGCGAGACUGCCACGAAGACUGGCAUGAUCAUGGUCUUUGGUGAGAUCACGAGCAAGGCCCACCUCGACUAUCAAAAGAUUGUCCGUAAUGCCAUCAAGGAGAUUGGAUACGACAGCUCAGACAAAGGAUUCGAUUACAAGACCUGCAACGUUCUCGUCGCCAUCGAAGAGCAAUCUCCCGACAUUGCCCAGGGUCUGCACUAUGACGAGGCACUAGAAAAGUUGGGUGCCGGUGACCAGGGCAUUAUGUUUGGCUAUGCCACCGACGAGACGCCUGAGCUCUUGCCGCUGACCAUUCAGCUCGCUCACAAACUCAACGCCGCCAUGACCAAUGCCCGCAAGUCUGGUGAACUUCCCUGGCUACGACCAGACACCAAGACUCAAGUCACGGUGGAAUAUGCUCAUGAUGGAGGUGCUGUCAAGCCCUUGAGAGUUGAUACUGUCGUCAUUUCGGCUCAACACUCUGAGGACAUCUCCACCGAAGACCUCCGAAAGGAGAUUCUGGAGAAGAUCAUCAAGAAAGUCAUCCCCGCCAAAUACCUCGACGACAAGACCAUCUACCAUAUCCAACCAUCCGGUCUCUUCAUUAUCGGCGGUCCCCAGGGCGACGCUGGCCUCACCGGCCGCAAGAUCAUCGUCGAUACCUACGGUGGCUGGGGAGCUCACGGUGGUGGUGCCUUUUCCGGCAAGGACUAUAGCAAAGUCGACCGCUCGGCCGCCUACCUCGCCCGCUGGAUCGCCAAAUCGCUCGUUGCCGCAGGUCUCGCCCGUCGUUGCUUGGUCCAACUCUCCUAUGCCAUUGGUGUUGCUGAGCCACUCUCCCUAUUUGUCGAGACCUACGGCACCAGCACCAAAUCCAGUGCUGAGCUUGUUGACAUUAUCCACAAGAACUUUGACCUCAGACCAGGUGUCAUCGUCAAGGAGCUCAACCUUACCAACCCCAUUUACUUCCGAACUGCCAAGAACGGUCAUUUCACCGACCAGACCUUUACCUGGGAACAGGCCAAGCCCCUGAAGUUCUAGAUUUCCUUGUUUGUUUUUCCGUGCCAACCACUGAAAAUCAUGGCAAGAAUCACGAAACAUCGGCGUUCCAUCUAAUCGCAUUGGGUUUUUCUGUUGGAGUAAAUAUCCACGGGAGAGAGCAGGUGUCACUUUUUUCUCCCGAGCUAGAGGGACGGCGAAGGAUUUUUUUCGAUUUCCUGGUUUUCAACAGACUCAGGGUCGAAAAUCUUCUUCGGCUGUCUUUGUUCUUUGACUACAUUUGAAGAGGAUGGCAAUUUCUGGGGCAAAACCGAUUGCCCCAAAUAGCCGGCUAUGUGGUGCUCACAGAAAGCGAAAGACUUGUCUGCUUUUCCUUUUCCUUGUCUCUUACCAAAAAAGAAUUCAUGACGGCGCGGGUUACGUCUUGACGAUAUUCAACAUGUUUCGAUGAUACCCCCUGCUGCGCGCAAGAAAGACUAUGUUUUGCGUUAUUGAUUUAUGUCUCUAAGGGCAUUUUGAUGAUGGGGAUUGGCGUUCAACUCGCUAAACGGGCACGGCUGCGGAUGAGGGUUAAGAUAGGAGGACAUUUAGCAUGCCCCCUGAUGAGUGAAAUGGUUUGGCUCGGACUGGCGAGGCUCGAGAUCGAGACCUUGGGCACGCGAUUACGCCUUUUCUUCCCAACAAGGAACCCUUUGUCGAAACUGGGCAGAAGAAUUUUACGGUUGGAGCAGCCAACGGCCUUGCUUUGAUCGAUGGAUGAAUACACGGCGGGAUCGAACCGAUCAAAGAAUGAGGUGGAAUUAUGGGCAUACUUGGGUUCGCCUCACUCAGUCAACCAGUCAGAUAUUAGGUCAAGUGCAGGAAAGCUCUCGAUAUCGAAAAGGGCAAAACAAAUGGCAGGCAUCAACUAACUGCCAGCAAACGGAAGAAGAAUCUUCAUUCCUUGCACUUUUGCCGCAACCUGCCAAAGAAGGACGAGCGAAGAAGCCGGCAGGAUCUUCUUUUGUUCAGCUGUCCCUUCUUCCCUUGCCUCCUUCUUCCCUCAACUCGUCCACGUCCUAACAACCCGUGUCUAAUAACCCUUCCCUCUCUCCUGCGUUCCCCGACUCGAAUAGCCACGAGCUGCUUUGGAGUUUUUGCUAGGUCCAUUUGCAUGACUUGUUGGGAGAAACUGCAUAUGUUCAGGUUUGGUUCAA